CAUAUCCGCGCCCCGGAAGCUCAAGCUCGUCGCUGGUUAAAACUAAAGCUUCUUGUGUACGUUGCUGAAGUCAGGGAGGGUCAACUUUCUUUUUUCAUCCAUCCCAAAAUAUACGCGGUGACAUUUGUUUACACAUAGGUAAACGUAAUCAAAGAUCGUAUUUUAUCCGAAAUGGACUCCUCUGAGCACGGCUCUUCAGUGUCAUCUAUAGAUGUAGCCAGUGGAGGGAAUCUACCACCAGGCCUGACAGAAGAGGAGGCAGAAGAGAUGCAGGUGGAGCUCACCAAGGUAGAGGAUGAGAUUCAGACACUGAGGCAGGUUCUCGUGGCGAAGGAGAGGCAUGCCGCUGAGCUCAAGCGUAGGCUUGGCAUCAGUCCCCUCUCUGAAAUCAAACAGAACUUCACCAAAGGCUGGCAUGAAGUUCAGUGCUCCAAUGCUUAUAUGAGAACCUCACAAACUCUUGGAGACUUGAAUCGUAGAGUUACCUCAUCUAAUUUAUACCUUACAGCUUCAUCCACGCUUGAAGAAAUUGGGCGCUCUGAUGCCUAUAAGAGGACUCAGGAGACUCUGUCUCAGGCAGGUCACAUGACAUCAGCUGCAUUCUCCUCGAUGGGCUCCGCCAUCAGAAACCAAUUUGGAGAGAUGAGGGCUCUGCCGUACUCUAACUCUGGUAGCAACUUUUCCAUGCAUCACUCUUUAAGUAUGCCAGCUAUGAGGAACUCGCCAAGCUUUAAAACCUUUGAGGACAAGGUGGAGAAUAUGAAGGACAAAGUAAUGGGGCGAUCAAAUGGAGAGAGUGACCAUUCACCAACCAGCAACAACACACCUUUCUGAGCAGGAAGCACAACCUCGUGACCUAGAACUGACCUCUGUGAUUUCUCUAUAACGCUGUACCCAAAUACACUCCAGUCUCUCCACUGCUAUGUUAACUUCAAAUGAAUGUACAGACAGAAAGCAAUGCUUUAAGAAACUAAGAUGCCAACAUGCAAAGAGAUAAUUAUUAUUUUAACAACUGAAGGCUGUCACCCUUGCAAAUGCAUUGUAGACAAACAAAACCUCUUAAAUUAGAAUGUUAAAAACUGGAUGACCCUUUCUGGGACUGUUAGGUUUUCUUCUGUGCAUCAAAUUACCUUUACAUGUAUUGUAAUAUUUAAUUUUUUCCCAACAACAGGGCUUCUCUGACACUUCAGUAGUAAAUGGUCUGUUACUAUCAGCAUGAAGAGGUGAAAUGUUUGCACAACUCACACUUAGAAUGUCCUUAAACAUGCUUCAUGGCCACUGUUUAUUAUUGUUACAUGCUUCCUAGAAUGAAUAUUGCACUGGUUAUUACCCUGCUUGUUACUCAGGGCAAAAGGUGCUAAAGCUUUCUUUGUGACAUGACUCGAGCCCCAGAUGUGUUCUAAAUUAUUCACAUGUAUUUUAUAGUCUUGUAUGUUUUGAGUUUUUCGCCAGUUAUCCAGGUCAUAA